CAUGUUUUCAAGCCAUUGUCCAUUAUUUGGUUUUUGUGACUAUUUGAUUUGUUUCGACAGAGCGAAAUGAAUGCCUCUUGACUGAUUCUAGAUGUCUAAGGUCUUCUUUCACAAUAUAAAAAAUGAGGCCGGAACACAAGGCGAAGUUCAAAAUGCCGUCAAAACAGCCGUUGAUGCGGGUUACAGGCAUUUUGAUUGUGCCUAUUUCUACGGAAAUGAGAAAGAGGUCGGAGAAGGUUUGAAAGCUAAAAUUAAUGAUGGGACUGUCAAACGGGAGGACUUGUUUGUUACUAGCAAGUUAUGGAACACAUAUCACUCCCCGGAAAGUGUGAUAAAAAUGUGUCGAAAAUCUGUAGAAAACAUAGGUUUAGGAUAUUUGGAUUUGUUUCUAAUUCACUGGCCCGUUGCAUAUGUGGAACCGAAAGAGGGCGAAGAAGAGAAUCUAUUACCUACUGAUGGCAAAGGUCAACUAAUAACCACGGAUACAGAUUAUGUCGACACAUGGAAGAAGAUGGAAGAAUGUGUGCAGCUAAAAUUGGCACGCAGCAUUGGAGUGUCCAAUUUCAACAGUGAACAAAUCGAUAGAAUUCUGGCGGUCUGCAAAAUAAAACCCGUCACAAACCAAGUAGAAUGCAGUCCGAAUUUGAAUCAGCGUAAGCUCAUACAAUUUUGCAAGGAGAGAGAUAUCGUAGUAACAGGAUACACGCCUCUUGGACGACCACACGACGAUCGUCCAGGAACACCUGUGACAGCUUUGAAGAGUCCGAUUGUUGAGGACUUAUCCAAAAAGUAUAACAAGACGCCAGCGCAAAUAGUGCUACGAUACUUGGUGGAAAUUGGCUGUGUUCCUAUUCCAAAGUCUGUGACUCCAAGUAGGAUUUUGGAAAAUAUACAAAUUUUUGAUUUUACACUCACUGGCGAAGACAUAAUAAAAAUGGAUGGUCUCAAUCAGAAUGCAAGAUUUAUAUCGUAUGAUGAAUGCAAACAUCAUAAAUAUUUCCCUUUUAAACUGGAAUUUUAAAUCGUAUCUAUCAGAAACUCGUAUAUUAAACCAUCAAAGUCAU